AUGCAAGUGGCGGGCACCUCGACGUUUGCCGCUACCUUCUCAGAACGGGUGAGCCCCGACUUGAGGGCAGACAAGGGGCUGUCGGCGUUUACGCUGGCAGUACUGUGCGGGGAAUGCCUCGCAGCUUUGGUUCUUCUACCACUCUGCGCACCUUCGAAUCUGGAGGAGGCGCUGCCUGGAGAGCUUUGCUGGCGUGUAGGCUUGGCUGGUGGUUCCACAGUACUUCACCUUGUUGCUGCUUUGGGUGGCACAAGAGAGAGACUACUCGAGCCCUUGCUCGAGAGGUGUCCAGCCCUGCUGAACCGUGCCAACUGGGCACAGGAGAUUCCGGCCAUGCUCGCUCCGGCGAUGAUGCGGCCGACCUUGCAGCCCAGAUCACUCCAUGCCUUCGAAGCGCUCUUGGCGGUUCCUGAGGCUGCAAGCGAAGAGGAGAGAGUAAAGGUGGCAGAAGCAGCGGUGCUCGGCGAGGACAUAUCUGCCACAGCAGAGGAGCUCAAAGGCGAGAUGUGCGUCAUCUGCAUGGAAGGCCCAGAGGGUGGU